CCCACUGUUCUCAUUCAUCCAUCCACGCAAACACCAACACACCAUGCCCUACUCCCUCCGCACACGCACACGCCAGCCCCUCGCGCCCCUCGACCUCCCAGAAGACCGCCCCACCCUCAAACGAUCCCCCUCCAGCACCAGCCUGAGGUCCCCGCAGAAACACUCCAAACUCGAUCCCCCGCCCUCCCCAGGUCCCUCCUCCAUGAGAUCACAAUCCGUACGUCGCUCAGGCGGGAUGGAAGGGAGGAGGGGAAGCGUGACGCCGAGGAUGAGCUUGUCAAAGAUGAUGGGGAUGGGGGAGAAGGGGAUGGAUGGGGCGAGGUCCCCUGCGAGGAGGUUGUUUGGUCCGGAGACUCCAACGAGCGGGAUAUCGGGGGCUAUCAUAACGCCACCAAGGCUCGCACCGUCGCCUCCCAUGGACGAGACGACUUCAUCACCCUUCGUCGUCCUCCCCACCUCUUCAUCGAACGCGCAAAAUCUGCCGAAUACUGGUGCUGAGAAUGGACAAGAUGGGCAGCAUGAUCCGGGGUUCGUGAUCUUGCCUGAUCCCAAGGGAAAUGGGAAGGGGAAGGGAAAGGCGAAGGCGGGACGUACGGCUACCACCCCCACGCGUCUACGCCGGGGCCGCUCACGAUCCCGAUCCGUCGCCGCCGAAGACGCCACAGACCUCCCACCACUGGCCUCAGAAAACCAAGAAAACAUCCCCCCUCCACCCCCUGUCCCUUCCCUCCCUCCACAUCUCCCCGAAUACAAAUCAAAGCUCCCUCCAUCACCAAUCUCUCACCCAUCAUUAUCCCGCUCCACCACCACCACCACCACAUCGCCUUCCUCUUCCCCUUCUUCAUCCCUCCUUCCGCCUCCGAUGGCGCAUUCGGCGUCGUGGUCCGGUACGCCAGGAAGGAGGAGAGAGAGGUCAAAGUUGGUGAAUGAGCUGUUGAUGGUACGCGGAGAGACGGAGAUGCCGUCGUUUUUGGAAGAACAAGCAGGGCUUGAGGAAGGGGACGAGUUGACACCGGGUAAACGGGUCCUGCGCUCAACGAGAGGCAAGCAAAAACUGGCCGAGGAGGUGGAUCAGCUAUAGACUUCUUCUUGCUGGGUUUGGUGGAGCGGUCGGAGGGGUUUCUUGAUCAUAGAUCUUGGUUUCUUGGUGUGGUAUACUUUCCAUAAUGGCUUCUCCAUAAAUCAAUUGUAUUAAAAGCGCGGACAUUUCUCGACUAUCUUUCCUUGGCUCUUGGACAGGUUUCUUGAAGGGCAGGCUAGUGGAAUCAAGAGUCGGCGGGGUUGUAGGCAUUCUAAUGUAACCUUAUCAUCGUUUUUUGAUUGACGCGAGGUCGAUUUUUCCUGCAUCCACCAAAUUCUUCUUCAACAUCUCCUCCACCAGGCUUAUGCUUGUUACUCAUACAUCAAGAGAUACAUAUCUAUGCGGUAUACGGACCACAUGCCCAGGCAAAUGCUCGUACGAGGACAAGUGGUGGCGACACAAACGAGUACACGAGGCGCAUGAAAAAAAGCGUGCCGCGUCCUCUCCCCACUUUUGAUGGGAGAUAAAUGACUCAACCCGUGUAGACGCGUUUUUCAGCCGCAUCAUCCUCUUUACAGCGCAUCUGAAGGGUAUGUAGGGUUGAUGUUGGGCUUGGGAUGGGAGGGGGGGUGAGGGGGUGUGAUGGUUGGUAUGCAC